AUGAGGCCGAUUGGCGGUUGUCUCUCAACUGCAGCCGGCAGCACCUGCCGUCCGGCCGCAAGCCGCCGCUUUGUUGCUGCCACUGCUGGUGCUGCUGCUGCUGCUGCUGCUGCUGCGACGGCCCCCUCGCGCUGCCUCGGCUCGACAUGGCGCGCUCCUGCCGCCGCUAUCCUCCACCACCGCCACUACUCGUCCUACCCGUCCUCUCCACCCCCCAGCUCCCAGAGUGCCCCGCGCCACAGCAUUGCAAGGCUGUUGGAGUGGGCUCCCGAGAGCGACGUCCCAGACGUGGUCGUGAAUGGAUACAUCCGCUCUGUGCGGUCCAUGAAGACUGCCUCGUUUGUCUCGCUGGCCGACGGGUCCUCGCUGAACGCUCUGCAGGCCGUCGUUCCCGCCGACCAGGCUAGUGGUCUCUCCGUUGGCGCUGCCGUUCGCUUCGUCGGCUCCUGGGUCAAGUCCCUGGGCUCGGGCCAAAGUCACGAGCUCCGGGUCGACCGAACCGCCGUCGUAGGGCCCUCCGAUGCCAAGACCUUCCCUAUACAGAAAAAGUACCAUACGCCCGAGUUCCUCCGCACAUUGCCCCACCUCCGCUCCCGGACGGCCUUGAACUCGGCCCUGCUCCGUCUACGGUCCGAGGUUACCCGCGAGGUGUCUCAAUUCUUCGCUUCGCGCGACUUUGUCCAGACACACCCGCCCAUCAUUACAUCGUCUGACUGUGAGGGCGCCGGGGAAGCCUUCACUCUUCGCCCAGCAGCCGACAUUGCCAUCAGCGACUGCGACGGCACGGGCGAGACAAGUGCCUCCGCACCGCCCUUCUUUGGAUCCCCAAAGUACCUCACUGUCUCGUCUCAGCUCCACCUCGAGGCGCUGGCUCAGUCGGUCAACAAUGUCUGGACCCUGUCUCCGACGUUCCGGGCAGAGAAGAGCGACACGGCCAGGCACCUGAGCGAGUUCUACAUGCUGGAGGCCGAGAUGGCCUUUGUAGACGGCAUGGAUCCCGUCAUGGAUCUGGCGGAGGACCUGCUCCGGUACGUGACCCGCGAGCUACACGGCACACGUCUAUUCCACGACGUCUGCCAAGGUCGCUCUGUCAAGGACAGCGGGCACGGCGGCGACAUGUCCUCUGAGGAGAUUGGCAAGCGCUGGGGCGGGCUCAUGUCGGCAGCCUGGCCGCGCAUCACUUACACCGACGCCAUGGCGCUGCUGGAGAAGGAGGCGUCGAGAGAGCCCAAAAAGUUCAGGUUUGCGCCCGAGUGGGGUCACGGGUUACAAGCCGAACACGAGCGGUACAUCGCAGACGUUGUCGGCGAGGGGACGAGGCCCGUCUUCGUCACACACUAUCCGCGCGGCAUCAAGGCCUUUUACAUGCUCACGUCCUCAUCGUCACCCGGUCACCUUUCGGCCGGCGUGUCGCCGUCGGGGUCUGCGGACGCUGGCACGGCGGAGCGUGUGACUGUGGACUGCUUUGACCUUCUUGUUCCGGACCUCUGCGAGAUUGCGGGCGGAUCCAUGCGUGAGCACCGCCUGCAGCCGUUGCUGGAGGCGAUGCAGUCGCGCGGCAUGGUGAUACCGGCCGCGGACGCAGGCGCCCGCCAGUCCUCCCAUGGUGCCAGUAGCGGAGAUGGUUGGUCCAACCCUGGCGUCACCGCCACGCCUUCGCCCACGGUGGGCGGUGGCCUGGACUGGUACGUCGACCUUCGUCGAUGGGGCUGUCCCCCACACGGCGGGUUUGGAAUCGGGUUUGACAGGCUGCUCUGCUACAUGUCGGGUGUCCAGACGAUCCGCGACAUGGCCACCUUCCCGCGGUGGCAUGGCCGAUGCGACUGCUAGACGGUCACAAAGGGGGAAAUCGAGAGCCAAGGCAAAACAAAAACGGGCUUUUCCGCAAACGGGCUUUUCCGCCUGUGCUUCUGUGCCCACAACCAGAACUUGGGUCGCCCAUCGCGACCAAGCCUAUACUCGGUCACUCAAACUCGUGCUCCCAUACCCGCCCGUUUCUGAUCUCGAUGUGGGCGCAACGCCGCCUGCACGGAUGGCUGCCUGUCUGGGGCAGCUUUUCUCCAUCGCCACAGAUGUUGUGCUCGCCAGAGCCUGCCUAGCCUGGACUACGGAAAUAUAACGCUGUGCGACAUUGUUUUAUGUCUGUCUUACCGAGUGCUCAUCGCCUGGGUACCUCGUGCCUACCAGGAUGCUUGGGGAGCCCAGUGCUAAUCUCCUCCCGCCCGUCAUGAUUCGUACGUGUCUCUGCCAAGAGCACGGGGGGUCUGUUGUCAAGAUGCGGGAUCCUGCCGCUUCCGACCUUCCCGUCUGCCAGACGCGCGCCCAUGCGGAACGACGAAACCAGAAGAUCGGGAAGGGAUCCCAUGCGCCUGGCGCUUGGAAGAAAGAUGGGUGCCAUGUGACGAGCAGACUCGAUACAUGAGAUUGGUGCAGGUCGCACCGCCUGUCUGUCAUGUAUGUCCUUCUUUUUGUUGUGUUUCGUGUCGCUGCCGCCGUGGCACGCGCCCACUCCCUUCCUGUCCCUCCUUACGGCCUUUACCCGUUCUCGGGCGGACUGUGGCACGCCGGCGGCAAGCAGCAGCGCGUGUCUUGGCUCCAUGGCACGGAGAUGACUCGCAUCUAUACAUACACCUCACCCCCCGGGCCCAUUCUACAACAUUGGGGCGGCCGGGGGGGCACCGCGUCUGCUUUGUGCUACGCAAACGAGCCUACCCGGACUGUCGGCCCAUCAAGGCGGAGGGGGGUGGGUGCUGUAUGCGUGGGUGUGUGUGUGUGUGUGUGUGUGUGAGAGAGAGAGAGAGAGAGAGAGAGAGUGCG